GCCGCGCCCUGCGUCUGGCCAGCCCGGGGGGUUGGGGGCUGUGGGGGCCCAUCCGUUGUCUUCGGAUGUUUCGGGGAGCCGCCUCGUCAUUUCGAGGCCACGUAAUUCCAGAAAUGCGCUGGGUGGCAUUUGGUGUUGAAUACGGUUUGUUUGAGCAGGCAUGUCACGCGGACGAGACGAUCAUGUUUGGCUAGCCCGGGCUCGACACGCUGUGUGAAUCCAUCUGUGCUGUGCUUCUUUCCACCCCAGAAUAGAUUUCCCCUUCUUUCCCUUGGAAUGUAGUUUACUGUGCAGUGUUGGGACUUGGGGGUGGUUCUUCCCCUUCCCAAGGACUCACUGGCCUUCCUUUCCCUUUGGCUUCCAGGAGCAGAGACACCCGGCUCUCCUGUGCCCCAGCAGAUGCCGCAAAAGGAGACGGGAGCCCAGGCACCCACCCCAGGCGCCCACAGCUGGGCCAGGCGCCUCCUGGGCUUUGAAUGUGCAGACCUGGCCAGCUGGCACCAGUUUGUGUGCUUGCUCAACAGGCCAGCUGACCCCGCAGCGCUGGGGGUCUUCCGCUUCCUCUUUGGGCUGCUGAUGGCCUUGGACAUUCCCCAAGAGCGAGGCUUGAGCUACCUGGAUCACAAAUACCUGGAUGGGCUGCAAGUUUGUCGCUUCCCCCUCUUCAACUUCCUGGAGCCACUUCCUCUGGACUGGAUGUACCUUGUUUACACAAUAAUGCUGCUGGGUGCUUUGGGUAUCAUGCUGGGCUGCUUUUACCGACUCAGCUGCCUCCUCUUCCUGCUGCCCUACUGGUAUAUCUUCUUCCUGGACAAGACCACCUGGAACAACCACUCCUACUUGUACGGCCUCCUGGGUUUCCAGCUGCUGUUCAUGAAUGCAAAUCGCUACUGGUCGGUUGAUGGCCUCCUGCAUCCGCGGAAGAGAAAUGCUCACGUCCCUUUGUGGAACUACACCAUUCUUCGCACGCAGAUCUUCAUUGUUUAUUUCAUUGCGGGCAUCAAGAAGCUGGAUGCUGACUGGGUGGAAGGCUACUCCAUGGGCUCCCUUGCGAGGCACUGGCUCUUCAGCCCCUUCAGGUUGUUGCUUUCAGAGGAGUUGACCAGUUUAUUGGUGGUGCAUGGUGGAGGCCUUGUGUUAGACCUCACCGCUGGCUUUCUGCUCUUCCUGGAUGCUACCCGCCCCGUAGCCAUAUUCUUUGUCUCCUACUUCCAUUGCAUGAAUUCCCAACUUUUCAGCAUUGGCAUGUUCUCCUACACCAUGCUGGCCACCAGCCCACUCUUCUGCUAUCCAGACUGGCCACGCCGACUGAUUACCAGGCUCCCUGCCUGCGUCCAAAAGUUCCUGCCACUUACAAAACCUCCCCAGCACAGCCUGGAAUGUGUUUAUCUGGAAAUGGAGCAGCAAAGACCAAGGGGAGCAGCUCGGAAAUUGGGGCUGCGGCAGAAGCUGGGCACCAUUUUUACAGUUCUGUAUAUCUUGGAGCAGUUCUUCCUACCUUACUCACACUUCAUUACCCAGGGCUACAACAACUGGACAAAUGGGCUCUACGGCUACUCAUGGGACAUGAUGGUCCAUUCACGCUCCCACCAACAUGUGAAGAUUACUUACCGUGACAGUCACACUGGGGAGAUUGGCUAUCUGAACCCUGGGGUCUUCACACAGAGCCGGCGCUGGAAGGACCACGCAGACAUGCUGAAGCAGUAUGCCACUUGUCUCAGUCAUUUGUUGCGUAAUUACAAUGUUUCGGAACCAGAGAUCUACUUUGACGUUUGGGUCUCCAUCAAUGAUCGUUUCCAGCAAAGACUCUUUGAUCCAAACAUGGAUAUUGUACAGGCUCAUUGGUCCCCCUUCCAGAAGACGCCAUGGCUGAAGCCUCUCCUGAUUGACUUGUCACCCUGGCGGACAAAACUGAUGGAGAUUGAAAGCUCGCUGGACAAUCAGACCGAGGUUGUCUUCAUUGCAGAUUUCCCAGGGCUGCACCUGGAGAACUUUGUGAGUGAGGACCUUGGCAACACCAGUCUCCAUUUGCUGAAAGGGGAAGUCAUCGUGGAGAUUGUCAGUGUGCAGAAGAACUAUACGCUGCAGGAGGGAGACCAGAUCCAGCUGCCAGCCGGGGAGUACCACAAGGUCUUCACGGUCUCUCAGGAGCCGUCCUGUUACAUGUAUCUCUAUGUCAACACGACAGAAGCGGCCCUUCAGCAGAAUUUCACUCGACUUCAGGAGUUGCGGGAGAAAGUUCAGAAUGGGACUGAAACGGAACCUCUCCCCCCAGAGUUGCAGCCCAUCUUGGAUGAUUCUCUGGACAACGUGACCCAGACAGACCCAGUCGUUGUGGCUUUCCUCCACCGCCGCCGGCACAUGGAGGAGCUGCAAAGGAGGCGCAACGCCACUUUGCCCGAGCGGUUCCAGCGUUUCUUGAGCAAGAAAUACUUCAUUUUCCGCAGGAGCCUUCUGAUGACCUGUAUCUCCCUGCGGAACUUGGUCCUGGGCCGCCCCUCCCUCGCUCAGCUGGCCCAGGAGGUGGCCUAUGCCAACAUGCAACAAGGUGGCCAACAGGAGAUGGCACCGCGUGGGCCAGAGCGCUCAGACCUCUGAGAAUCAUCGCUACCUCAGCUACCACAUCACCACUACUAGCAGGAAGGUCUUAUUGUGGGCCAAAUCCAGAGGGAUGUAGCCAGCACCUAAGGAGCCACUCUGUGUUGUAUGGCAGGCAUUGACAUGGCCAACCAUCUGAACUGGAGGCAGAGCCCAUUCCUCUUCCAGAUUCCCUCUUUCUGGGAGUCAGGGAGUGGGCCCUGAGCCACCAUGGUCCUCUCCUGCCCUAGAGGGCUUGAGUAGGCCUUGCAGAAAAUGCUGCAGGAAGGGAGGGGGAGUGCAGAUUUCUUGGACUCAGCUGGCCAGCACAGUUGUGAUCUCUAUCUGAUGGAAGGAGGGCUUGGGCAGACAGUGGCUGGGAGGAAAUCAGAGACCUUCACUCUUUAAAACAGUGGCUUUUCUUUGGUGGGCAUUCCAUGGCCUCUUGAUCCCAGCAGAUCCCAGUCUUGGCCCCACUGUGCAGCUGAGCGGAAGGAUUUGGGCAGAGGGGGUGCUUUUUAGAUCACUCUGGCUGUUCCUUUAUUAGGACUAAUUUAGCAAGUCAACAAGGUUUCAGUUUUUUGCUGCAGAGUGGUCAGUUAAGCAGCUUGUGGGGUGGGGGAGAAAGGAAUGUAUGAAUCCAGCCAGGGACAAAAAAAGCAGGCUUGGCUGGGCAAGUCCUAAUAGCUUCUCUGCUCCUCGGUGGAUUUUAGAAUUUCCUCUCUGCUUUCUGAGAUUUCUGUUUGGCUGCAGAUGCUGAACCAAGGAUCUUUUCUAAGGUCAUGAGACAUCUCUCCCAGUCUUGGUCCCUAUCCCAUAAUAUUCCAUAACUGAGAUCAGGCCUAGCAACACAAGCUCAUAGGUAUCCCCAGCUUCUUUGAGAGCCUUACGAGGAGAAGGGCUGGCUACAUCCCGUGUGAUUAAGACAAGAAGGGCCUCAUUUUUUAAAAUUAAAAAUUAUAUUGCACAAAAAUCAGUGUGUUCUUGAUACCUAAAAUCUGCAAAUCAGUAUAUCUGUCAUUGGUUGAUCCUUCAGGUGGCAGGAAAUCAUCGGCUAUCAGGACGUGUUUCUCUGGUGGCUGCUGCUUUCCCUUUGUCUUCUCUCCCUCCAUUCAUGCCUCUCGGCAACAUUGGUUCUUCUCUGUGGAUAGAAGUAUCUGGAUCACACCUUUAAGGACGCUGCUCUUACCAUCUAGCCACUGGCCACAUCUCUCCCAUAAAGCUAGAAGGCAGGGCAUCCGAGGAAGCUGUGGCCAGGUAGGAAAUGCUCCUGUGCCAGGCAUCAGUGGGACUCCCUGUCAUUUGAAAUGAAACCCCCGGCUCAAGGGGCUUGAUAUAUUCCUGGAGGAGGAGAGAAUAAAGAUAUAUUGCCAACUCUGACAGUUUUGUGUAAAUCUUUGCCACUGAAUAUUAACAGAGCUUCAUGUGGGCCUUAGUGAGGGGUGUGGGAGUGAACAGUGGCACCUGGUUUGGUGCCUGCUCCAUUUCUUUCAUAAAGUCGUCCAGUAUGUAAUACGUCAGUGUAAAAAUACUUGUCCCUUAGAUGUGAUAUUUGAUUACAGUCCUUUAACUGCAACUGGCUACUUUCUGUAUUUGGAGGUCAGUAUCUCACAUUGUUGUGUUGGAAUGUGGACCCAUUCUUCCAAUCUUCAGUGUUGCAAUGUGGACCCAUUCCUCCACAACUUCAACAGUUGAGAGCUUUCUAGAAUGAACUCCUUUCAGGUCCUGUCAAAACAGUUGUGUACAGUUUAGUUCUGGACUUUGACUUGGUUGUUCUAAAACGUUGGAUUAUUUGUUUUUCAUUUUCUUGCAGACUUGCUUGGAAUUCUCUUGCACAUCAGCUGACUGAUGGCCUGAUAUUUUCCUGUAGAAUUCUCUUGAUUACAAGGCAGAUUCAUACUGCCUUUAAUGAUGGCAAGUCAUCCAUGCCCUGAGGCAGCAAAGCACUCCCCAAUACAUGAUACUAACACCUCCUUGCUCAGUAGGUGGUAUAACUAUCAGGUUGACUCAUCUGUCCAUAGAACAUUCUUCCAGAAGUCAUCCAGGUGCUUUUUGAGACAAGCGUCAGUGUCCCUAACGAUGGCUUUUGUUGUGCUGCUCUCCCAUGAAUCGUGUGCUUUUCUGUGUGUGGAGACAUGAACCUCUGGAGGUUGAUCAAGGUUCCUUUGAGCCUCCCGGGCACUGCGGAAUGGUUUUGACAGGACAGCCACUCUGGGAAAGAUUCAUUACUGUCCCAAGUCUUCAUUUCAAGAUUAUGCUGCUGAUUGUGGAUUGGAGGAGCCCCAGAGCUUUAGAAAUGUUUCUGUGACCUUUUCCAGACUCACAAAGGUCUUCAGCAAUUUCUUUUGAGUGGGGCAUGGCACUAUGCAGUGAGGACUUCCCAAUGGUAAGGGAGCCAAAAUUGUGAGAUUUAUAUAAGGCAGGGCUGGUCCAAAUUAGAUCUGAUUGUUUAAUGACAUAGAUUGUUACUCCUUUAACUACUUGAACUAAGGAAGAGUUACUUUUUCAUACCGGCACAUUGUAUAUUAGAUGACUUUGAAACAAGCACCAAAGUUUGGUACUUGUCACUCAGACAACUCUUUGUAUAUCAUGUAGGACUUGCAUGAAGCUCCAAAAACAUUCAAUGGAAAAGAAACACAUUUAGAAAAAACUGAAAAAAGGCAAAUAUUUUUUCACAGAAUUGUAGUUUUGCCACUGCUGGAGAAAGUUUGCCCACAAGUUUAACCAUAUGACAAACUGGGAUCUAAAUUCUGAAUCUUGCGGGUCUCCUUAUACAGGUGAAACUCGAAAAAUUAGAAUAUCAUGCAAAUGUUCAUUUAUGUCA